AUGUCGCCAAGCGCUGUCCCCGCACGCAAGUCGUACAGCAUCGCCUCCAUGGGCGCCGAUGGCAUCGGCCCGGAGGUCGUGGAUGCUGGUGUUGAGGUGCUCAAGGUCCUCGCCGAAACGCUCGACUCGUUCGACCUUGACUUUACCGAGUACGACUGGAGCUCCGAGACGUACAAGAAGACCGGCAAGUACAUUCCCGACGGCGGCCUCGAGCAGCUGAGGAAGCACGACGCCAUUCUCUUCGGCGCCGUUGGCGUUCCUGACGUUCCCGAUCACAUCUCCCUCUGGGGCCUCCGUCUCGCCAUCUGCCAGCCCUUCCAACAGUACGCCAACGUCCGCCCCACCCGUGUCCUGCCCGGGACGCAGUCUCCCCUGCGCAAUUGCAAGACGGGCGACCUCGACUGGGUAAUCAUCCGCGAGAACAGCGAGGGAGAGUACGCCGGUCAGGGCGGCCGCUCCCACCGCGGCGAGCUCUGGGAGACCGCCACCGAGGUGUCCAUCUUCACGCGCCAUGGUGUCGAGCGUCUCAUGCGCUUCGCCUUCGAGACCGCCCAGAACAGGCCGCGCAAGCUCCUCACAGUCGUCACCAAGAGCAACGCCCAGAGGAACGGCAUGGUCCUGUGGGACGAGGUCGCCGCCAUCGUGGCCAAGGACUUCCCCGACGUCACGGUCGACAAGAUGCUCGUCGACGCCAUGACCACGAGGAUGGUCCUGAAGCCCGAGACCCUCGACACCAUCGUCGCCACCAACCUCCACGCCGAUAUUCUCUCCGAUCUCGCUGCCGCCCUCGCCGGCUCCAUCGGCAUCGCGCCGACCAGCAACCUCGACCCCUCGCGCCAGAACCCUUCCAUGUUCGAGCCAAUUCACGGCUCCGCAUUCGACAUUACGGGCAAGGGCGUCGCCAACCCCGUCGCCACAUUCUGGACCGCCGCCGAGAUGCUGACGUGGGUCGGAGAGAAGCAGGCCGCCGACCAGCUGAUGGAGUGCGUCGAGGCCGUGUGCCAGGCCGGCAUCAACACUCCUGAUCUCGGCGGCUCGGCCACGACCAAGGAGGUCACGGCGGCUGUCAUCGCCGAGAUCAAGACGAAGCUCGGCAAGGCGACAAAGGCGGCGCAGUAG